AUGUCGGUGCCAGAGUAUACACCACCUCAGGAAGAGUUACCAAACUACCAGCCUUCGUUGCAGUACUACGGGCUUUGUUUAACGAAAACCGAGUUUUUAACUCCAUACCAUGCUAAUCCGAGAAGAAGUUGGAAACCGGUUAUACUUGAAUUGAAUUCGACCCAGUUGAACUUCUAUGAUUUAAACUGUUCGAGUCAUUUGAAAACCUUGAUUAUUAGUUUAUAUGGAGAACAGAAUCAGUUGGACGAUUUGGCGAUUAAUUUGAAUAACGAUUACCAGCAACGGAAAAGUGCCAGUGAUGUAGUUAUUGAACAACUAGAUGACUUGUUUGCUGGAGACGCAUAUGGAGGAUUGAAUCUGGGAGAGAUCAGUGAAGAACUAGCCCAUUUCAAGACGUCCGCCAGCGAUAAGAUUAUGAAGAAAUGGGGGAAUUAUAAAACCAAUAAGAGUUUUAAGCAUUUGUCGAGUUACUAUAAAGAAAUGAAGAAUAAUUUAAUGUUGAUGGAACCAACAAGCAAUUAUGAGGAAUACCGUUACUCGCAAUUAUACAAGUAUCGAUCUGAUUUGAUUAAUAGUUAUACAUUGGAUAAUUUAAAAGUUGGUGAAGCGCCCUCGUUAAAUCAACUAAUAAGCGCGUUAUAUAAGGAAGAUACCAAAUCCACCAAUCAACCGAUAUCGACUUUGACCAAGUAUAAGAAUUGCUUAAGAUUAAGAAUUGAAUGUAAACAAAUGUUACUACAGUUUUGGUCGUUUCAUUCAUUGAUAAACUGGUUUAGAAAUUUGAGUAUUGGCAAGGAUUUAUGUAAACCAGUUGACCAGAGACUGAUUACCAAAUUGAAAAGUAUUCCUAAUCGGAGUAAUCUGAGAAAUAAUGCAUUGUUAAUAGCUUCAGCUGCUGCUGCUGCUAUUUCACCAAAUACCCAUAGUACUAGAACAUCGAUAUCGACCAAUGUAUCUACAAGUUCUAAAAAUUCCAGUGAACUGAUUUUCAGUAAUACCCCUCGUCGGGAAUCAUUAGCUUCUAUUGAUAGCUAUUUGGAAGAGGUUAAUAUUCAAGGAUACAAUUUUGUUUCCAAUGAUAAUUUAUAUACCCCUAUAGAGAAACAAUUUAUAUCAAACUGUAUACCUGAUCUAAAUUCAUUUGAUAAAUGGAGCGGAGCAGAUAUAACCUUAUCCAACUAUCAACAUUAUUUGAAAAAGGAUAACUUAAAGGACAUUUUCAUUAAUUACACUCAAUUAUAUGAUUUGGUUAUUGAAUUUGAUAAAAAAUUCAUCAAACAAAAGAUAAAUGGUGAUAGUCGAAGUUUUCUCAUUCAUGAAAAUGGAUUAGUUAGUGUAAAAUAG